AUGGAGGAUGGGAAGCCUGAUCUGCUGCUYGUCAAAGAGGAYACAAUAGAAGACYGACCAGAGAGCAUUGAUCUGCUGAGUGGACUAAAGAUGGGGGAGCAAGGUGAUUGGCUGGAGGCUAACAGAGGAGACUGGACAGCCAUCUUGAAUUCCCAGACCCAGUCCGGUGGAGCCAAGGGCUUACGGGACAACAUCACUGAGCAGGCCAGGACCAGAGGAGACAAAGUGGAGUCUGCUGUCCAUGAGAGCCUGCUGACAUCUGAUGUUGCUGGGUGGAGAGACUGGACUUCUGAGGUGGCUAGUCACAAAGCCUGGCCCCGGAUCAGAACCCUGGAUCAGGAGCCGCUCUUCCUUCCCGAGUCGGAACCAGGACCCAACUACGAGGGACAGAGACUCCACCACCACACAAACACAACCAGUGGACAGGGGACUGAACAACCUCAGUCCUGGUGGUCAUCAGAAGAGGCUCUAGUCAGGGAAUCAUGUCUGCAGCCCAGACCCUUCUCUUCACAGUCUCAGUGCAGGGAUGGAGCAGGGCCUGGGGCUGAUAGAGAUAGACCCUCCUGUUCCUAUGAUACAAACACCACAGUGUCCAUGAUGAACAGUGCAGGUCUUCCUGGGCUUCAGCCUUCACAGAGAGUGGUGAGAGACCCCCCUGGUGGGAGUCUAACAGGAAGUCUUUCCUCUCCAUCAGGAUCUCGUCUAAUGCCUGGUGAAUGGGUUCAUAGAAGGUCUGGGACUGGGUCUAGCCCUCCUCAUUUACCUCAUGGUUACCCUAGCAAUACAGACAGAGUCAGGAUGGGUGUUCAGCACAAYCGCUUCCUAGCCUCUAACACAGCACAAAAUCCUAACAACACCCAAACAAUGGCUAGAGGUCAAGAAGGGAGCUCAAAGACUAACCACCUGAGGCUGGCUCCUGCUUCUACCUCCUCUGGUGUCAUUGGGAGGCCGAGCAUUAGGACUGACGCCGACAAGCCGUACACCUGCCCAACGUGUGGGAGGCGCUUUGCUAAAGCGAGCUAUGUGAAGAUGCACCAGACCGUUCACACCAAGGAGAAGCCCUUCAAGUGCAAACUAUGUUACAAGAGCUUCUCCUUCCUGACUAACCUUAUCAGACAUAGGAGUGUCCACAAUGGGGAAAAAUUGUAGCAGUGUGGCCUGAGAUGUACACAAGGGAUGUCAGGGAACCAUUCUUUAGGUGACAUAUUAUAGUUAUGUGAAGUGUCUUUGGGUAAGAGAGUAACCACAUACCCCUCAUUAACCCAUUGUAAACAGGRUUGUGUAAACUGUUUUUAGAGAGAGAGUAAACCUGGGCUAGAACAAGGACAGUUGAAUAUUUACCUUACUGAGGUGAUGUAGAUGGAAUAAAGUAAUUGUAUUCUA